GUUUGUCGAGCUUGUGUUUAUUUCAUCUUUGCGUGGGUUUGGUGCCGUCAGCAUUUGAAGUCAUCUCUACUUUUGUACCAUAUGAUGCAGGAUGAAAGCUUUCAUCUGUGGAUUGACGGUGGACAAAGAUACUACGCAAGAAUCGGCGGAAAAGAUAGGAAAAGAAUUGGAGAAAGUGAUGAAAAAGGUCACAAAGUUCGAUGACAUGCAAAAGAAAUACGGUAAAAAUGCCUUCGUAGUCAAAGAAAGAGAUGGCGUCCAAAUGGUCAAAGAUAUGAAAGAAAAACUUGAAGGAAUUCUUCAAAAGAAGAUUCAAUCGAUACUGACAUUAGCUCAUGAAGCUGAAUCAUUGAUGAAGAAUUAUACAUGGAACAAAGACCUCACAUUGGAUGAAUUAGAUUGGAAAAUGUUCAUUGAUAGUAAAUUUCUUGAAAGUUCUGGGAACAUCACAUUGAAAGAGGAAGUGUCAUUUUCUAGCUCAAUUAAAGUGAACUUGACUUAUAGUACUGUGCAUGUACCCACUGAUGUUUACAAUGGAAGUCAAAUAAUUGUUAAUUCUGUAAAGUAUACUAAAGACCUGGAUAAAGCUUAUGUUAAGAAUAGAGAACGAGAUCCAUCUCUACUUUGGCAGUAUUUUGGAACAUCAACUGGGAUUUACAGAGUAUAUCCAGGCUACAAAUGGAGAGAUGAAAAUACUCAAGACUUCUUUGAUCAUCGCAGGAGAGGAUGGUAUAUACAAGGUUCUAGUUCUCCUAAAGACAUGGUUAUUCUGUUAGAUCUAAGUGGUAGUAUGGUYGGCAAUAAGCUAGCAAUCAGUAAGUUGUCAGCUUCACUCUUACUGGACACUCUUCAGGAAAAUGACUUUGUCAAYAUUGUUACAUUCAAUAAUGUUUCAAGGAUGCUUUGUGAAGAAGACUUUGACAAAACUACAGAUGCAGUUAAACUAGAAUUUAAAAAAGGCUGUAGCAAGAAAUUAUUGCAAGCAACAAAACAGAACAUUAAGUACUUGAAGGAUAUGGUGAACUUGGUUAAAGCAUAUGAAGCUGCAAAUGUCAGUAGUGGUUUCAGAUUAGCCCUGGAAGUGCUUGAGGUAGCAAAGAAGAACCAAUCUGGAACUGGUUGUAUUCAAACCAUUAACUUCUUCUCAGAUGGAGUUGAACAAAAUGAAUAUGAGAAAUCUCUAGAAGUAUUAAAAGAAGGAAAAGCAAAGGAAAGACAGAUCCGUGUAUUUGGAUAUUUGGUUGGAAGRGAAAAAAACAGUCCAUUCGCUCCCAUUCGUGAUAUAGCAUGUAAAUACAGAGGAUAUUUUUACACUAUUGAGACUUUAUCUGAUGUACGAGAAAAUGUCACGAGGUAUUUGAGUGUGAUGGGUAGGCCUCAGGGCCUACUAGCAGGCAACGAUCGUCCUGUGUCGUGGACUCCGAUAUAUCUCGAUAAUGGGGGACUAGGUCUGAUGGUUACUGUAGUGGCACCAGUGUAUGACCCUAAUCACAAAGAUAAGUUAUUGGGCGUGGUUGGAACUGAUGUGGCACUACCACAACUCAAGAGCUCAAUCCCAGCKGCAAAGGUUGGCGUUGAUGGAUAUGGUUUUUCUAUCAAUAACAAUGGCUUUAUUGUCAUUCAUCCCACCUUGAAGGACGAUACUGAUGUCGAUGAUUCUACGGUAAAACGUGAGAAUCCACCACACUUGUCCCUUGAAGACGUUAAUGUGGAAGAAAGCAGACAAGACCUUGAAAAUCUGUCAAAGCGUCUAAUUGAUAGAGAAACUGGAGAAAUGUCCUUUAAAAUGAGAGUUCUCUCAAAAGAUAAAAAACGAGUCAGUGCCAAACGGUCAUACAAUUUUUUCUUCAAUGAUAUUAAUGGAACAUCCUUCAGCGCUGGUAUUGCCAUGACAAAUCGUGGUCGAAAGUAUUUUGAAACUGAUAUUACAAAAUUUGCUAGUAGAAAAAAAUUUAAAGAAGUACUGGAUUUCCUCAAACCACAGCACACAAAUGAAACAGUAAUGCUGUCCCCAUGGGAUAUUUGUCCAGGGAUCACACCUAAGAAGAGGGCCAGUACACCUCUUUAUAAACCUGUCUAUGCUGAUGCUAAUGAUAUGCUGGCAAACCUCACUGAUGAAARUGAAGCAAAAAAAUUAUGCAAUGCAGUCGAAUUUUAUCAGCUUCUUUAUGGAGCCUUCGCGACUAGMGAUCUGAAUUGGGACCUUGAAGUCAACGAUACAGAUGGAUAUCUGUCAGUUUUUGUCGGGACUAACGGUGGUCUGUCAAGAGUGCUGUCUCCAGGGAGUGAUAGUCCAAUYGGUAACGACGUGACCAACGAGCCUUUUUAUCAGCGAGCAUCUGAUUUCAACCAAAACCAAACUGGUUCAGUGGUUGUAUUCACUACUCAUAAAGACAAAGAUAGUAAAAGCAAAGCUGACAGUGUAAUUACAGCAAGUAUUCCUAUCAUUGUGAACGAAGUUCUUGCAGGAGUGGCUGGGAUGCAAAUGAAAGACGAUACGCUACAAGAGAUCUUACUUAACAACUCUGAAGUAUGCAAGAAGGAGAAUGAUUCCUACAGCUGCUAUCUUCUCGAUGAAGAUGGAUUUGUUGUCGCUUCGUUGGCAAGCGGUUUGAUGCUGUACAUUAUUUAGCAUUCAWSCAGAUGUUCAAMGAUGGCUUGUAUGAMGWGUAAGUUUGUGAUCACUAG